CGGGUCCCGGCGGCCAUGGGUGUAGAUGCGGAGCUGCUGUCGGUCCGCGACGCCUUCGCGCUGGCGCAGAAGCCGCAUCGCCAAAAGCCGCAGCAGAACCAGGCGAAGCUGGUGGCGGCCUUGAGGCGGACCUACGCGCAGCUGGAUGAGAAGAAACAUUUUCAUGAGGAGUUUCUUCAUUUCCUUAAAUAUCCAAUGGUAGUUUACAAGCGGGAACCCGCAGUAGAGCAAGUGAUAAAUUUUGCAGCUAAGUUCGUAAGUUCACUCUAUCAAGCAGAUGAAGAGGGUGUUACUGAGGAAGAGGAAAACAAUUCACUUCUGAAUUACUUGUUUAACUUCCUGCUUGAGUCUCACAAUGCAAACAGCCAUGCAGUUAGAUUUCGAGCAUGCCAGCUUGUUAAUACACUUUUGGAAAAUAUGCCAGAAAAUGCCCAGAUUGAUGAUGAAUUGUUUGAUAAAAUUAAUGAAGCCAUGCUGAUUAGACUGAAGGAUAAAUUUCCAAAUGUGAGAAUCCAGGCUGUACCGGCACUGUCUAGACUUCAGGAUCCCAAGGAUGAGAACUGCUCUGUUGUUAAUGUUUAUAACACUUUGCUUGAAAAUGAUUCAAAUUCAGAAGUGAGGCGUGCAGUGUUGUCAUGUAUUGCUCCAUCUGCCCAGACAUUGCCAAAAAUUGUCGGUCGUAUUAUGGAUGUUAAAGAAGCUGUCAGGAAGCUGGCAUAUGAGGUUUUGGCAGAAAAGGUUCCAAUGAAAGUUUUGUCCAUAGCCCAGAGAGUAAAGCUAUUGCAGCAAGGACUCAAUGACAGAUCUGAUGCUGUUAAGGAGGUGGUGAAGAAGAAACUUCUUCAAUCUUGGUUGCGGGUGACUGAAGGGGAUGUUUUAGAAUUGCUUCAUCGACUGGAUGUAGAAGACUGUCCUGAAGUGGCUGUUCCUAUGCUUAAUGCCAUGUUUUCAUUAUCUUCAAUUAGUGACUUAGUUCAAAACUGCAAGAACCUUGAUAGCAGAAAAAUGAUUCCAGUGGAAGAGCUUACUGCUGAAAAUGCUUUGUACUGGAGAUCUCUUUGUGAGUAUCUAAAGUCAAAGGGUGAAGAAGGUGAAGCUUUAUUAGAGCAGAUUGUGCCAGAACCUGCCAUCUAUGCAGAAUAUCUGCUAAGUUACCUUCAGAGCAUUCCAGUUCUCAGUGAAAAACAAAGGGAAGAUUUUUCUUGUAUUGAACACUUGAUGACAAAAGAAUUUAUAGGUCAGCAGCUGAGUCUUCUUAUAGGCUGUAUGGAUACCACUGAAGAGGGGGGAAGGAAACGUCUGUUGGCCGUUUUGCAGGAGAUACUUAUUCUACCUACCACUUCAUUGUCUCUCAUAUCUUCACUUGCGGAAAUAUUGCUCAGUAUUAUUAAAGAUGAUGACAAAAGAAUUGAGACUGUUGCAGAAAUUAUCUCAGAAGUACGUGAACCAAUUGUUACGUUUGAUAAGCCUAUAGAUGCAACUGAAAUAAGAAAGCAAAAGCUUAAGCUGGCUGAAAUAAAAGUGAAACUUUUUGAAACGAAAGUAGCUUUGGAGGAGUGCAUUGAUCUUCAGGAUUUUAAUCGUGCAUCGGUAUUAAAAGAGAAAAUAACUGAGCUGGAACAUAUCAAAAAUGAUCUGAUAAAAGAAGCAGAGCAGCCUGAAAUAGAAGAAAUGCGUGUGGAAAAGAAUGAUCCUGAAACACUACUGAAGUGUUUGAUGAUUUGUUAUGAACUUCUCAAGCAGAUGUCAUUUGUGAAAGGAAUAGGUUCAACCACGAAUGGAAUCGUUGAAUCUCUGAUACUGCCUGGAAUAACUAAUGUCCAUCCAGCUGUAAGAAAUAUGGCUGUUCUGUGUUUGGGUUGUUGCGCAUUGCAGGACAAGGACUUUGCCCAUCAACACCUUGCAUUACUUCUACAGGUUUUACAAAUUGAUGAUAUCACGGUAAAGCUAAGUGCUUUGAAAGCAGUGUUUGACCAGUUGAUGUUGUUUGGAAUAGAACCAUUCAAAGUGAAAAAAACUAGUGAUCCUGAAAGUGAAGAUGCAGAGAUCAGAAGUAGAGAUUGUGAGGAAGAAGAAAAUAAAUGUAAAGAGGCUGAAGAAGAGACAGACACAGUUCACAAUCUUCUACAACUGCUUUCCAGUUUCUUAGACAGUGAGUUUUCAGAACUCAGGACAGAAGCUGCAGAAGGCCUAGUCAAACUGAUGUUCUCUGGGAGAUUAAUUGGUGCCAGACUUCUUUCUCGCCUUGUCUUGUUGUGGUAUAAUCCAGUGACAGAAGAUGAUACUCGACUUAGACAUUGUCUGGGAGUUUUCUUCCCUCUGUUUGCAUAUGCAAAUAGGGCUAAUCAGGAAUGCUUUGAGGAAGCUUACCUUCCAACCCUGCGAACGUUGUUUCAUGCCCCUGCAUCUUCACCUUUGACUGAAGUGGAUAUUGGUAAUGUUUCUGAACUGUUAGUGGACUUGACAAGGCCCAGUGGACUGAAUCCUCAGGCCAAAAAUUCCCAAGAUUAUCAGAAUUUGACAGUACAUGACAGCUUAGCCAUGAAAAUUUGCAACGCAAUCUUAAUGGACCCAACAGCACCAGAUGUUCGUAUUUAUGCAAAAGCCUUGAGUUCUUUAGAACUCAGUAAAUACUCCAUAAAGGAUCUUUUGAUUCUAUUUGAUGAGAUUCUUAAGAAAGUGAAAGAUAAGUUGUGUCAAAGAGCUAUUGAGAAAAUCAAGACAGAUUUCAGAAAACAUAAUGACAUUGGCAAAGACCACUCUGCAGUUGUGCAGGACACUGGCACCACAACAUCAGAAGAUGUUAAUCAAAUUGAGGAUGAAGAGAAGAAAGCAACUGUUCAAACUCCUGUUAAUGAAGAUGAUAAACAAAAUGCAACCAGAAAGAUGAAAUCUACCAGAGGCAAGACGAAUGGAGGACGAAGAAAAGUAACUACAGAAGCCGUGAAUAAAAGACGAAGAAAUAAAACUAUAGAGUUUGACAGUGAAAGUGGGGACGAAGUUCCAGAACCAGUUUCAGUGCCAAGUUCGAGACCAUCCAGACGAGCGAAAACAGCAGCAAUUGAAAAAACAAGGAUGAAUCUUACAGGACUUAUUAAUGAAGCAGCAGAUGAGUGAAGACCAAGGGAGAAGAGUUCUUUAAUAAACUCUUGUAGCUCCUUAUAAUGGGCUUCCAAAAAUAAGCUGUUUUGCUUUAAAUCCUGUUUUUUACUCUUUGUGUAUAUUUUAACUGUUUUUAAAUUCUGAAGCUCCCAUUAACUUUAAACUACUUUUAAUUUUGACAGUCAUUCCAAAGUUACAAAAAUGA